CGAGCCUGGCCUGGCGGAGAGCGCCGGGCGGGCGGCGGGAGCUGCUCCUGCGGCCCGGGGCCCUCGCCCCGGCUGCAGCUGGAGGCGUCGCUGGGGCCCGACGCGCGUGGGGGGCGGGGGCAGAGGCGCCGCGAGCAAAGUCCAGGCCCCGGGGCCGCAGCGCCCGCGCCCUGCCACUCGGCCCGAGACGCGCGAGGUCCGAGGCGGACAUGGAUCUCGAGGCGGGCAGGAACGGAACGGCCCGGCGUCCCCGGAGAGCGGAGGGUGACUUUGAACUGGGCAGCAGCAGCAGCAGCAGCAGCAGCAGCAACCAGGACAAGAAAAAAAUGAAGAAAGUGAAAUUGAUUGGACCACUAACAUUGUUUCGAUACUCUGAUUGGCAGGAUAAAUUAUUUAUGUCCUUGGGCACUAUCAUGGCCAUAGCUCAUGGAUCUGGUCUCCCCCUUAUGAUGAUAGUAUUUGGAGAAAUGACGGACAGAUUUGUUAAUACUGCAGGGAACUUCUCCUUACCAGUGAAUUUUUCAUUGUCAAUGUUAAAUCCAGGCAGAAUUCUGGAAGAAGAAAUGACUAGAUAUGCAUAUUAUUACUCAGGAUUAGGUGCUGGAGUUCUCAUUGCUGCCUAUAUACAAGUUUCAUUUUGGACUUUGGCAGCUGGGCGACAAAUUAAGAAAAUCAGGCAACAGUUUUUCCAUGCUAUUCUACGACAGGAAAUAGGCUGGUUUGACAUCAAAGACACUACCGAACUCAAUACACGGCUAACAGAUGACAUCUCCAAAAUCAGUGAAGGAAUUGGUGACAAGGUUGGAAUGUUCUUUCAAGCAGUAGCCACGUUUUUUGCAGGAUUCAUAGUGGGGUUCAUCAGAGGAUGGAAGCUCACUCUGGUGAUAAUGGCCAUUAGCCCUAUCCUGGGACUCUCCGCAGCUAUUUGGGCAAAGAUUCUCUCUGCAUUUAGUGACAAGGAACUAGCUGCGUAUGCAAAAGCAGGUGCUGUGGCAGAAGAGGCUCUGGGAGCCAUCAGGACCGUGAUAGCUUUUGGGGGCCAGAACAAAGAACUGGAAAGGUAUCAAAAGCAUUUAGAAAAUGCGAAAAAGAUUGGAAUUAAAAAAGCUAUUUCAGCAAACAUUUCCAUGGGCAUUGCCUUCCUGUUAAUAUAUGCAUCAUAUGCACUGGCCUUCUGGUACGGAUCCACUCUAGUUAUAUCAAAAGAAUAUACUAUUGGAAAUGCAAUGACAGUCUUCUUUUCAAUCCUGAUUGGAGCUUUCAGUGUUGGACAGGCUGCUCCAUGUAUUGAUGCUUUUGCCAAUGCAAGAGGAGCAGCAUAUGUGAUCUUUGAUAUUAUUGAUAAUAAUCCUAAAAUUGACAGUUUUUCAGAGAGAGGACACAAACCAGACAACAUCAAAGGGAAUUUGGAGUUCAAUGAUGUUCAUUUUUCUUAUCCAGCUCGAGCUAAUGUCAAGAUUUUGAAGGGCCUCAACCUGAAGGUUCAGUGUGGGCAGACAGUGGCCUUGGUUGGGAACAGCGGCUGUGGGAAGAGCACAACAGUCCAGCUGAUUCAGAGGCUUUAUGACCCUGACGAGGGUACGAUUAACAUUGAUGGGCAGGAUAUUCGGACCUUUAAUGUAAGGUACCUAAGAGAAAUCAUUGGAGUGGUGAGUCAAGAACCCGUGCUCUUUUCCACCACCAUUGCUGAGAACAUUCGCUAUGGCCGUGGAAAUGUCACCAUGGAUGAGAUAAAGCAAGCCGUCAAAGAGGCCAACGCCUAUGAGUUCAUCAUGAAGCUGCCACAGAAAUUUGACACUCUGGUUGGAGAGCGAGGGGCCCAGCUGAGUGGGGGACAAAAACAGAGGAUUGCCAUCGCUCGGGCCCUGGUUCGCAACCCCAAGAUUCUCCUCCUGGAUGAGGCCACAUCAGCCUUGGACACAGAAAGUGAAGCUGAGGUACAGGCAGCUCUCGAUAAGGCCAGAGAAGGCCGGACCACCAUUGUCAUAGCACACCGACUGUCCACAAUCCGCAAUGCAGAUGUCAUAGCUGGGUUUGAGGAUGGAGUCAUUGUGGAGCAGGGAAGCCACAGUGAGCUGAUGAAGAAGGAGGGGGUUUACUUCAAGCUUGUUAACAUGCAGACUUCAGGAAGCCAAAUCCAGUCAGAAGACUUUGAAGUUGAAGUAAGUGAGGAAAAGGCUGCCACAGGUUUGGCCCCAAAUGGCUGGAAACCUAAACUAUUUAGGACUUCUACUCAUAAAAGCCUUAGAAAUUCACGAAAGCAUCAGAAUGAUAUUGAUAUGGAAACCAAUGAACUUGAUGAAAAUGUGCCACCAGUGUCCUUUCUGAAGGUCCUGAAACUGAAUAAAACCGAGUGGCCCUACUUUGUGGUGGGAACAGUAUGUGCCAUUGCCAAUGGGGCACUUCAGCCUGCAUUUUCAGUCUUAUUCUCAGAGAUGAUAGCGAUUUUUGGACCAGGGGAUGAUGAAGUGAAGCAACAGAAGUGCAACAUGUUUUCCUUGCUUUUUUUAGGUCUGGGGAUUAUUUCUUUUUUUACUUUCUUCCUUCAGGGCUUCACGUUUGGGAAGGCUGGAGAGAUCCUCACCACCAGGCUUCGGUCAAUGGCCUUUAAAGCAAUGUUAAGACAGGACAUGAGCUGGUUUGAUGAUCAUAAAAACAGCACUGGUGCACUUUCUACAAGACUUGCAACAGAUGCCUCCCAAGUUCAAGGCGCCACUGGGACCAGGUUGGCUUUAAUUGCACAGAAUACAGCCAACCUUGGAACUGGCAUCAUCAUAUCAUUUAUCUAUGGUUGGCAGUUAACCCUUUUGCUAUUAUCGGUUGUUCCAAUUAUUGCUAUAUCAGGCAUUGUUGAAAUGAAAAUGUUGGCUGGAAAUGCUAAAAGAGAUAAAAAAGAAUUGGAAACUGCUGGGAAGAUUGCAACAGAGGCAAUAGAAAAUAUUAGGACAGUUGUGUCCUUAACUCAGGAAAGAAAAUUUGAAUCAAUGUAUGUCGAAAAAUUGUACGGUGCUUACAGGAAUUCUGUGCGGAAGGCACACAUCUAUGGAAUUACUUUUAGUAUUUCACAAGCAUUUAUGUAUUUUUCAUAUGCUGGUUGUUUUCGAUUUGGUGCCUAUCUCAUUGUGAAUGGACAUAUGCGCUUCAGAGAUGUUAUUCUGGUGUUUUCAGCAAUUGUGUUUGGCGCAGUGGCUCUAGGACAUGCUAGUUCCUUUGCUCCCGACUAUGCAAAGGCCAAAUUGUCUGCGGCACACUUGUUCAUGCUGUUUGAAAGACAACCUUUGAUUGACAGCUACAGUGAAGAAGGACUGAAGCCUGAGAAGUUGGAAGGAAAUGUGACAUUCAAUGAAGUUGUGUUCAACUACCCCACCAGACCAAAUGUCCCCGUGCUGCAGGGGCUGACCCUCCAGGUGAAGAAGGGCCAGACCCUGGCCCUGGUGGGCAGCAGCGGCUGUGGGAAGAGCACAGUGGUUCAGCUCCUGGAACGGUUUUACGACCCUCUGUCUGGAACAGUGCUCCUAGAUGGUCAAGAAGCAAAGAAACUCAAUAUUCAGUGGCUCAGAGCCCAACUUGGAAUUGUGUCCCAGGAGCCCAUCCUGUUUGACUGCAGUAUUGCUGAUAAUAUUGCCUAUGGAGACAACAGCCGAGUUGUAUCGAAGGAUGAAAUUGUGAAUGCAGCCAAAGCAGCCAACAUACAUCCUUUCAUCGAGACAUUACCCCAUAAAUAUGAAACAAAAGUAGGAGAUAAGGGGACUCAGCUCUCAGGAGGUCAAAAACAGAGGAUUGCUAUCGCCCGCGCUCUCAUCAGACAACCUCAAAUCCUACUGCUGGAUGAAGCUACAUCAGCUCUGGACACUGAAAGCGAAAAGAUUGUCCAGGAAGCCCUGGACAAGGCCAGAGAAGGCCGCACCUGCAUUGUGAUCGCCCACCGCCUGUCCACCAUCCAGAAUGCAGACCUCAUCGUGGUGUUCCAGAAUGGUCGGAUCAAGGAGCAGGGCACACACCAACAGCUGCUGGCACAGAAGGGCCUCUACUAUUCCAUGGUCAGUGUUCAGACUGGGACACAGACCUUAUGAACUCUUGUUAUGUCUUAAAAAUAAAUAUAAAACACUCUACAACUUUUUCCCCCUGAUUUAUUAAAGAAAUUUUUAGUUUAAGUCAACAUAAAAUAGAGGUGUGUCCUGACCAGAAAAUAUUUAAUUUGAUGUUCGAAAUUUAGGUGUUUCUAGUGGUAUCUGUUUGAUGACAUUUGCAAACAGCAGUCUGGCUUUCCUUGAGUUGUUAGAAACAUGUAAAGAAAGAAAAGCUUAGUUUGAAGAAUAGCACUAUAGCACUGUCGUCCCGUUGUUCUUCAAGUUGCUCGAGCGGGCACCAGUAACGUCUCCAUUGUGAGACUUCUCAUUACUGUUUUUGGCAUAUGGAAUCCACGGGUAGCUUGCCAGGCUCUGCCAUGCGGGCAGGAUACUCUCGGUAGCUUGCUCUCUCCGAGAGGUACUCUCUCUGAGAGGGAUGGAGGAAUCAAACCUGGGUCGGCCACGUGCAAGGCAAAUGCCCUACCCGCUGUGGUAUUACUUGGGGAUGUAGGUCAAGUGGGAGAGUGUGCACCCUCCCUUCAGUCCUUGAGCACUACCAGUGUGCCCCCUACAAAAAAAUAAAAUAUGAAACAAAAUCUAUAGAAGAGAAUUCACAGAAAUCAUUUUAACAUAUUGAU